UCCGUUUUGGACUUCGCUACUUUGGUAUCUUCGGACAAUGAUCAAGACGAUAUCAGUGGUACUCUGGAUGUCAUCAAUGACAAGUUAGAUGAGAUUUCUGAAAAUCUUGAUAGUUUCAGGAAAGAAGUCAUGAGUAAAUUGAACGAUAUAGAAAUACUCGUGAAAAUAGAGCCACUGAUUUCGGAAUUUUUUCUGCACGCGAGUACCAUAGAUAAUCAUUAUCAUAAACUCAUGCACAUGAUAAAGGGAAAUUACACGACACGAUACGUGAAUGACUUCAUACAUGGCGUUGCGAAUUACGAAUCAACUGGUGUAGAGCAAACUUUAGAUAUGAUGCAUUCGAUAUUAUAUAAAGUGGACGAUACUGCUUACAAAUACUCUUUAACUUUUGUCCGAGUCGCUACCUGCAGGUAAAAACUGUCCAGAAAUUCUAUCUAACGCUUCACAACGCUGAAUUGAAAGGAAUGGCGGUACUUGCUUAUGCAUUAAAACAGAUAGACAAAAAUCAAUCGAGCCAAGACGAAAAAAUAGACCUCGAAGACGCGAAAAAAGAUUUCCAAGAAAGAUCGAAACACGCAUUCACAGCUCAAAAAGAAACCAUGAGCAAGAUUUCUCGUGUGCUGUGGAACUGUACAUCACACGGUCCUGAAGAAGGUAAUUAGUACCAUCGUUUUUCCGAAAUAAAAAUUGAACAUUGAUAUUUUCACAGGUGUCACUUACGAACAGUUUGGACCGUUUAUUUAUAAAUCAUUUGAAAUUAGAGAUACGAUGAGUAGCAGCUACCAUUAUAAUUUUUGUCCCCAAAUAAAAGAUACUGUGAGUGAGUGUUCCAGCAAGUAUGCGAAUAAUAUGCAACGAAAAGAGUGCAAGCAGUUUGCGUAUUGUCGUGGAAAAAUAAAGUCUUGCGAAUCCUUGGACAAGAAUACAGUAGUUUGCGAGACAUCGACUGAAAAAGAACGCAAGUACGUUUAUGCGGAAAGUAGAGGAAAGAUCGAGGGUAAAAAAGAGAAAUCGUGCAGUGGGAGAACAUACGAACACCAAGCUAGCGAAUACAGGCCCGGUUACAUGGGUGCAUUAAAUCGCAUCGACUCUUCGUGCCUUUGCACAUGCGUAAACCCAGACUCGAAUGUUUACAUUAAUUUGAGAGAAGCCGUAUCUGAUGUGCAUAAAAAUAAGGUCAUCACGGGUAUUCGCUUUAGAAAAAUCAACGAUACUUUUCAUCUUCAGAUACAACAAGCAAAACUUUUACCAUCAGCCGCUAUAGAUCCAAAAACUAAAGCUUGGAUAAAAGUAAACAAAACUGAUAGCGACGCACGAGUAGGCGUCGAUUAUCAUCAAUUAAGCUGGGAUUACAGGUCUUUCGAGCUCGACGACAUUGAAGUCACUAAAAAUCAUGUUUUAACCGGAGUGAAAUUCACCUUGGAUCAAGGUCUAUUAAGAUUGGAAGUUCGAGGCUCGCAAUUCAACUACAAAAGUGGGAAACUCAGGACUGAUAAGCACACCUGGAAUCGUCACGAUACACCCAAAAACCAGCUGAAGUAAAUGAGAUACUUGGAUCAACGAUAGAAUUUUUUAUUUAAUUCAAAAUUGUUCGAUUUCCAGCAAAUUUGAACUGGAGUACUUAGAUUUACCGCCGGAUCAUCCGAUCGACGAACCCGUUCUUACCGAUCCGCAAACGUACGCGACAUUGAGGACCAGUAGCAUGGAUCACGAUUUAGGACAAAGCGUCAUACCGUUCGUCGACUCGAGGCCCAUCGAAUCAAGGAAUCCCGACGU